AUGUUCAUUAACCUAAGUUUAGUCUUUUAUUUACUUUAUUUGAACAUUCUUUUCUCUUCUGCUCCCUCUCUCUCUCUCUCUCUUUUUUCUCUUCUCCUCUCUCUCUCUCUCUCUCUUUUCUCUUCUGCUCCCUCUCUCUCUCUCUUUUCUCUUCUUCCCUCUCUCUCUCUCUCUCUCUUUUCUCUUCUGCUCCCUCUCUCUCUCUCUCUCUUUUCUCUUCUGCUCUCUCUCUCUCUCUCUUUUCUCUUCUGCUCCCUCUCUCUCUCUCUUUUCUCUUCUCUCCCUCUCUCUCUCUCUUUUCUCUUCUGCUCCCUCCUCUCUCUCUCUCUCUUUUCUCUUCUCUCCCUCUCUCUCUCUCUCUUUUUCUCUCUCCCUCUCUCUCUCUCUCUCUUUUCUCUUCUCUCCUCUCUCUCUCUCUUUUCUCUUCUGCUCCCUCUCUCUCUCUCUUUCUCUUCUGCUCCCUCUCUCUCUCUCUCUUUUCUCUUCUUCUCCCUUUCUCUUCUGCUCCCUCUCUCUCUCUCUCUUUCUCUUCUGCUCCCUUUCUCUCUCUCUUUUCUCUUCUGCUCCCUUUCUCUCUCUCUUUUCUCUUCUGCUCCCUUUCUCUCUCUCUUUUCUCUUCUGCUCCCUUUCUCUCUCUCUUUUCUCUUCUGCUCCCUUUCUCUCUCUCUUUUCUCUUCUGCUCCCUCUCUCUCUCUCUUUUCUCUUCUGCUCCCUUUCUCUCUCUUUUCUCUUCUCUUCCUUUCUCUCUCUCUUUUCUCUUCUGCUCCUUUCUCUCUCUCUUUUCUCUUCUGCUCCCUUUCUCUCUCUCUUUUCUCUUCUGCUCCUUUUCUCUCUCUUUUCUCUUCUGCUCCCUUUCUCUCUCUCUCUUGCUCCCUCUCUCUCUCUUUCUCCCUCCCUCUCUCUCUUCUCUCCCUCUCUCUCUCUUCUUCUCCCUCCCUCUCUCUCUCUUCUCCCUCCCUCUCUCUCUCUCUCUCCCUCCUCUCUCUCUUCUCCCUCCCUCUCUCUCUUUUCUCUUCUGCUCCCUCCCUCUCUCUCUCUCUUCUGCUCCCUCCCUCUCUCUCUUCUCUUCUGCUCCCUCCCUCUCUCUCUUUUUCUUUACUCAGCUCCAAAAAGUGGUGUUUUCCUUACCUAGUUACUUACCAACCUACUUCAGUCUUAUCUGAUACAUGCUUCCUACCACUCCAAUUUUCUCUUAAACACUUUCUAAUAAUAAUAAUGUCACAAAGUUCACUCAACACUCUUGCUCCACUCUGUUGA